UGGGGAGGAUAUGGAGACCAGUCGUGCCGGGGGCCUGUAGGGUGGCGGAGCAGCAACAACGAAAGACAGACAAUGCAACAGUAAGAAGGAUCAGACGGGACAGCAGGAAGUUACAGCCAGAGUCCCCUAGGAAGUGUGUACAAGCCUCUGCAGGGCUCCAUGGGAUGACGAUGUGGUGCGCAUGCUCUGUGCUCGAUGGAGGCAGGAUGAGGUGAAAUGGACCAGGUGUAGUGUGAGGGACUCAGGUUAGACAACAGGAAGGACUUGGCUGUGAGAAGCACCGGGUUCAAGAUCCUGAUGAACUGCUCGGGUUUAGGACGCAGCGGUGGCUAGAGCACUGAGCCGGCCUCCGGAGACGUUCCGCUGAAGAGAAGCUGGGAGGCUCGAACACCAUCCUGUCUGGGUUGGGCACAAGCGACUCAAAGUGCAGGCUCUUUCUUGGCAGGACCAGGUCUCUCCGGGGCGGGAUGGCCCCGGAGCUGGGCGAGAAGGAGCUACUGAGGAUGGAGGUGGAGCAGCUGAAGAAGGAAGUGAAGAACCCAAGAGCUCCGAUUUCCAAGACAGGAAAGGAAAUCAAGGAUUAUGUGGAGGCCCACGCAGGAAACGACCCUCUUCUCCAAGGCAUCUGUGAGGACAAAAACCCCUUCAAGGAGAAAGGCACUUGUGUGAUUAACUGAUGGUCCCAGAGCCCCUCGCCCUGACCUCCUGUCCCUCCUCAGCCCCUCUCCUCCCCCAGAACCUGUCCUGGGACGCCCAGAGAGUCAGUGAAUUUCCACCUUCUCUCAGCCACAGAAGAGGAAAGAGACAGACCUGCUUC